GCCUCAACUCGGCGCAAUAACAAACAUUAGUCCGUCCAGUUUGGCUGUGGCCGUCACCUGAGGAGGAGCUUAUGCGCAGCCGCUCUUGGGACCCCUUGUCUCCUGCUUCCCUGUUCACCUUAGCCCUUCUGUCUCCCCACCUACCACGGAGGCUCGGAUAAUCAUGAACCACACAAGAGAAAAGAAAACAUGAACGUGUGAAUGUGUAUGUCUGUUUGUAAUUUGUCCUUGUGAGUUCGUGCGUGUGUGUGCAUAUGUGUGUGCGUGAGUGCGUGAUGCUUCUAAGAGGUCGUCGACACCGUGUGGUGGGCGCUGUGGCGUGUGUGGCAGUGUGUGUGGUGUGUGUGGUGGUGCUGGCAGUGUGGUGGGGCGCAGGUGACAGGCUGGCAUCACCACUACACCACCACCACCACCACCAGGACGUCCUUGAGUCUAUCAAUGUGUCUAAGUUCCUUGAGAGCCCACGACCUUUGACCCUACAGCCACACAAGACCCUAGAGGCAUGUGGAGGGGGCAGUGGUGGAGGGGUGGAGGUGCUGGUGGUGGUGCCCUCCUCCCCCCACAACCUUGCUGCCAGAAGUGCUGUGAGGGAGGGCUGGGGAGCGUACCUGCCUCGUUCCUGGGAGCUCGUUUUCUAUGUGGGUGCCGUGGAUCGUGCGUCAGUGCAGGAGAGGCUGAUCAGGGAAUCCCAGACACACAGGGACAUUACACAGGACCCGAGCUACCCUGACAGCUACGCAACACUGACUCUGAAGACCCUCGCGCUCCUCUCCUGGGCAAACCAAGCCUGCUCAAACGCUAGAUUCGUACUGAAGGCAGAUGACGACGUAUAUCUGAACAUCCCGCACCUUUACGCCCUCACGAAAUGCCUAGACGAAGCAAUGAGAGAGGUGUACAAGGCCCCACGUGGACAGGGCAAGUGUGAUGGGGCCAGGGAGCUGGUAAGCCACUAUAUCGAUGCAAAGACGCACAGUUACGAGUCUUACGUCAUCGGCGGGUACCUCUACCGCGGCGUUAAGACCGACAGAAGCAGCACGUCCAAGUGGCAGCUCCCUGUGGCUUCGUACGCUAAGGACACCCUCCCGAACUACCUCUCCGGGACAGCCUAUCUUCUCAGCACCAAUAUAAUCCCACACCUGCUGGAGGCCGCCAAACACACACCCGUCAUACACCUGGAGGAUGUGUACCUGACUGGCCUGGUGGCGACUGAACGACUCAAACUGCGCCUGACGAACAUCGAGGGGUUUGAACGAUUUAGACCAAGAUUCGAGGGUCCCUGUGUUUACGAGGGGCUCCUGACGGCACACGGCUUCACCCCAGGGGAGCUGAGGGCCGCCACGCACUCAACCCUGGGGUUACCUAAGGGUGCCUGCGACGGUGUGCUGACCAGGGCUGCGGUUAGGGUGAACAGGGUGCUGACGGCUGUGUUCCCAAGACUUCCUGCUGCCGGCCUUACUGAUGUGGAUGUUAAUGAGGUGAUCUGAAUGUGUGUGUGUGUGUGUGUGUGUGUGUGUGUGAGGAAGGUGUGAGUGAGUGUGUGUGUGUGUUCAUCAUUUGUUGUAAUUAAUGGUUGUGAGAGUUGUGUGUGUGUGUGAGGAAGGUGUGAGUGUGUGUGUGUGUUUGUUGAUUAAUGAUUGUGAGAAUGUGUGUGUGUGUGUGUGUGUGUGUGUGUGUGUGUGUGUGUGUGUGUGUGUGUGUGUGUGUGUGUGUGUGUGUGUGUGUGUGUUUUAUUUAUGCUAUUUAUAUCUCCCUUCAUUUUGUGGUUCUGUUUUGCCAAGAACUCUUAAUACUCAAUACCUGCUUCCACCCACACCACACACCACAGAGCUUAGAAGUGCAAAAUAUAUAGAACUCAUUACUAUAUAUAUAUAAGCACUUUGUAUAUUUAAUAGGCUAACCUGAAUCUCUCUUUCUAAUACUCAUUCUUGCUUCCACUUAAGAAAACAUCAACAAAAAAAAUAGUACAGAAAUAUUAUGCAAGAUUUUAAAGUAGUACUAUAUAUAUAUAAACAGGUAUUUAAUAUAUUGUAACUUAAAAUUCAUGGUAAUCCUUAUGAAUGCUUAUGGUAGUCAGAAAGAAAUAUCAUAGGAACUUGUUAUGCAGGACCCAGAGCUAGUUAUGAAAGAAACUCUUCGAAAAAUUAAUAUAUUCCAAUUUAGCUCACUUCAAUACUCAUAAAUACUUCCAAGACUGCACACGCUCACAAAAAGACGUUUGCGGAAACUUGUUAUGCAAAGCAGUGACCCAGAAUGAAUAUAAACAUGAAAAAUUUAUAUAUUCCUGCUUAAAAUUUGCUUAUAUCAUUCCUUCUUCCAAUCACAGGAUAAAUACAAAACCUAACAAUUUUUUUUUGUAAUAUAUAGAGUUGUACUAGUUGUAUAUAUAUAUAAAAACACUAGCAGAAAGUGUUAUUAUACUCAUGCAUAUUUCUGAAUCUCAAAUGUUAAUUAGACUGCCAGAUUAAAAGGGAAAAUGAGUGAAAUAAAUUAAGUUUGUCAGAUUAUAAAAGGGAAAAUGAGUAAAUUAAAUGAACAGGUUGCCAGCUUACAGGAAAAUGAGGAAAAUAAAUUAAAACGUUGCCAAAUAAAAGGAAAAUGAAGAAAAUAAAUUAAAACGUUGCCAAAUAAAAGGAAAAUUAACAAAAUAAAUUAAAACGUUGACAGACAAAAGGAAAAUAAGAAAAAUAAACUAAAGUGUUGCCAGAUAAAAGGAAAAUGAGGAAAAUAAAUUCAAAUGUUGCCAGAUAAAAGGGAAAAUCCGCAAAAUAAAUAAAAUAAGUCUUUCAGAUACUCAGAAAUUAAAAGCUGUGAUUUAUUGCGGUGUAUUAAAGAAACUGUUGCCAAUUCUACUGUAAUAAUGCCAAAAAUAUGUCAAGAAAUUAUGUCUUUGAAAAAUCUCUGUACAUUUUUCAUUCUAAUGUUGCCAAAACUUAUGAAAAAAAUAAAAAAAAUGAAAAAAAAGCACUUUUAAACAUUCACAAAAUCUUUGUACUUAAUCACCCAAAAAAAAAAAGGAAAUAAAAUAAAAUAAAAUAAAUGUGAA